AAGUUCAGGACCCCUGCAUUCUCACUAUUUCACACCAAACCAUAUCACCUUCGAUUCAUACGAAUAAACUUCUAGAAAGCAUAGUGACGAUAUAUAUUCGAUGCUCUUCCGAUGACAUCCAACGAUUUUAUUGUCGCGCAACAGCGCGUUGCCGCUCGUCGUCAAGCUCGUGAAGUAGCUGCCCAAACUCACCUGAAUCGUCGACGCAACACCGCCAUCUCCCAGCGCGUUUCCUCCCUUCCUUUCCCCUUAUCACGAAUAGGUACUGCAGGUCUCACAACAUGGGAUAUGAUAUCUGGACGCGAAGGAACUCGUCCUUCUUUUCGAGUCGGUCAGGUCGAUGCUGAAUUAUUGGAUGAGGAGUUGUUGGAUUUGUUAAAAGGGCAAGUGGGAGAAGGUCUAAAGUAUUUUGGGACUCAUAUACAAGAUGAUUGGUCUGCGGAGAUAAUGCUAGCACUCAGAGCUAUUCUUUUCAAACUCAGUAUUUGGGAUCAUGAUGCUACGUAUGGGGCUACAUUGCAGAAUUUAAAAUUCACCGAUGCGCGACACUCUGGAUCCGUUUUGGUAUCUCCGUCGAAAUGGCAGAAAGGUUUAUAUGGUCUUUUCACUGUAGGCGGGAAGUAUGCCUGGACACGUUGGGAAAAUUACCUCGUCGAUUCAGACAAUGGAUAUAGUACCCCCUCGCCCCUUAUUAGUCGACUAUCCCGCAUUACAGACCUCUUCACAAAUGUUCACUCCACCGCCGCCUUCGCAUCCUUUCUCGUAUUUCUCGUAAAUGGCAGAUAUCGUACGCUACUGGAUCGAAUUUUGAGAUUGCGACUAGCACCACCUACCAGCCAGGUUAGUCGGGAAGUAUCAUUCGAAUACCUCAAUCGCCAACUUGUCUGGCAUGCCUUUACGGAAUUUCUCCUUUUUGUCCUCCCGCUUGUGGGAAUCUCUCGCUGGCGACGCUUUCUAUCACGCUUUUGGAGACGUACAAAAUCACUUUUCAAUACAUCAUCCUCCGACGAGCUUUCCAGCAGUACAAAGAAAGGCGAACUUGCUUUCCUCCCCGAACGUACAUGUGCUAUCUGUUACCAUGAUCAAAAUGCGUUACAAGCAACAGAAGAAGGAGUUAUGGCCGCAGCAGCUAGUACUGGUGUGAUUGGAAGUGCGCAAACCGAUAUCACAAAUCCGUAUGAGACAGUAGAAUGUGGCUGUAUAUACUGCUUUGUAUGCAUAGCUAGUAAAUUGGAAGCAGAAGAAGGGGAAGGCUGGACUUGUUUAAGAUGCGGCGAAGAAGUGAGGAGAUGUAGAGCCUGGAGUGGAGAUGUAGUGGUUGAAACUCGAGCCAUAGAAGAUAAGGAAGAAAAACCCAGGGCAAGAAAGAGUGUGGAAUUUCAAGACGACAGGAUGAGAAUGAAUCCGACUUCUGGUCCAGAAGACACAAUCACAGAUCACGAUACGAAGAAAACCGAAGACGGAGAUUCAUCAGAUCAUGAUUCUCAAUUGGGACAAGAAGAAGCAUAUGAUGAAGAUGAAGAUCAGGGAUUAGAGGAAUAUGAGGAUGAAUACGAAGCCGAGUGAGUGAGUGAUUGGCUUCUAGACGAGGUGAAAGUUGCGCUUGAAGUUAUGGUAUGCUUGAAAUUAUGUUUUGAGAUUCCUUCUUCGUGAUCAAGAUUCGCGGCUCGCUUGAUCUUGAUUUUGAUCUUGAUACCAGUACCUACCUAGUGAUGAAUCGGAUGGUGUAAUCUGGCGUUUGGGAGAUUUAUGGGAAAAUAAUAGGAUGAAUUGGGAUGGGUUGGCAUGCAAUGGCAUGGCAUGGCAUAGCAUGAGAUGGGAUAGUUAAAGAAAGAUGGAUGCGUUUAAGAUGAAGAUGCCAUAUGCCUCGAAGAGAUAAAAUCUAUAGA